AUGAGGCUGUUUCAGACUGUGAACAAUGUGUACCGUAUGCAAUGUCACGUUAAUCCAGAUGGUUCAUGGACUACGGAGAUCAUCGGAUGUCAAACGCCGGCAGGAACGUUUGUACCGGCAGGAGGGAGCGCCACUGAGGAUGGCAUAGUGUACAAUUGUGUGAGAUCACCAACUGGUGAUGUGCGUAUGAAUCGACAGGAACAAGCUGAUUGCGGUGGUCAUGCAGUUGGUGAAUCGUGGAUCGAAAAUAAAAAUUUCAAUAAAAUCUGUGAUGCUGAUGGUGAGCGUGUUCUGAAUUGUGUAACUGAUUCGGGCAAACCAGUUGCCAUCGGCGCCGAACUUACCGAAGGAUCAAUAAUCUUUAAAUGUGUGGAUCAAGGCGAAGGUAUGGUCAAUCUGUUGCGAGUUAAAUCGGGUGGUUGCGAUGCGAACGGUGAGCAGAAGAAGGCUGGCGACACGUGGGUAGAAGACGGCUUUGUGUAUAGAUGCCUUGCAAGUGGUGGCGUUAUAAUCGAGAAAUGCGUCUUCAGUGACGGGUCUACAAUUGACGUAAACUCAAAAUCUGUUCACAAGGGCAAAACAUACAACUGCGAAUUGAAACCAGACGGUUCAGUCGAAUUGCAUCCGGAGUGA